UGGGCCCACAGGGGGUUGCCUGUCCCUUUAAUUGGGAUGUACCAAGUGCUUUCAGCUUUCAUCUUCCUUCCUGAGUCCGAGUCGUUAGUUAUCGUUGGUUGAAGGUUUCGAGAAGGGAAUGUGGAGAUCGUGUUGUAUUUUUCAGGCGAUCAGGGCCAACAGGAAGUGAGAGAGGGCACGGGGGAGAAUCGCGCCGUUGCGGCCCUCCCCACCUCGCGCCGUAGUCGAGUCCCAAGAUGGCGGCCACCAUGAAGAAGGCGGCUGCAGAAGAUGUAAAUGUUACUUUUGAAGACCAACAAAAAAUAAACAAGUUUGCACGGAACACGAGUAGAAUCACAGAGCUCAAGGAAGAAAUAGAUGUAAAAAAGAAACAACUCCAAAAUUUAGAAGAUGCUUGUGAUGACAUCAUGUUGGCAGACGACGACUGCUUGAUGAUACCUUAUCAAGUUGGUGAUGUUUUCAUUAGCCAUUCUCAAGAGGAAACACAAGAAAUGUUAGAAGAAGCAAAGAAAAAUUUGCAGGAAGAAAUUGAUGCCUUAGAAUCCAGAGUGGAAUCCAUUCAGCGGGUGUUAGCAGAUUUGAAAAUUCAAUUAUAUGCAAAAUUUGGGAGCAACAUAAACCUUGAAGCCGAUGAAAGUUAAACAUUUUAUAAUACUUUUUUUAUUUGUUUAAUAAACUUGAAUAUUGUUUAAAAUGAUAAUUUCCCUUCUUCAAAUGAUAUGGAAAGCAAAAUUUUUUUUUAAAUUUUCAUUUAUUUAAUGGAAACUUGCCUAUUUUCACAUGUCUUGCUUAUUUAUUUUAUAUUUUUAAAAGAAGACAGUAUUCAUCUAUGUAUUUUGCAUAACAAUUAUAUCAAGUCUAGGGGCUUUAUGUCAUGUUAUUAAAAUCAGUUAAGCAAUUUGUUUCAGUCUUCAUUUACAAGGAAAUCUAACAAUUGUGCCAUGUUGUUUAUGUAUGCCUGGUUUCAAGUUGCUGUUUAAUGACAGUGAAAGCUCUACGGGAAGACCCAGCCCUACGUGUGUCUACUUUAGUUAUUUCACAACUAAGGUGUUGUCACAUAUUAAACAAUAGAUGUGUGUAUAUUUUAUUUAAGUAUGUAUACAAUAUAUAAAAUAUUUUUAACAUACCCUUUACAUAUAUUGGAGCCCUGGUGGUGCGGUGGUUAAGUGACACAGCUGCUAACAAAAGGUCGGCAGUUCAAAUCUACCAGCCGCUUCUUGGAAGCCCUAUGGGGCAAUUUUACUCUGUCCUCUAGGGUUGCUAUGGGCUAGAAUCGACUUGAAGGCAACGGGUUUGUUUUUUGUUUUUUUUUUUUAAACACAUGUAUCAAUAGUGUAGAUUUUGGUAAAAGAAUAGUAUUCAGACACGUUGAGGUAUGUUGAGAUGCAUACAAACAGAACAAAACACGAAUGUUUAGGAACCAAGAAAUGUAUUACAGUGAAACAUCUGAGAGCCGGAGCUGGGUGGAAUGGCUUUGUUUUUCCAGGUCUCACAAGUUUUCUGCCUUUGACAGGGUGCAAUCUUACCACUUUUCUGUUGCUCCCUGUUAGUAGAAAAUAUUGGAGUUUUCCUUUUCUGACAGGUUUCCGCCUUACACGGGAUCCAGCUUUUACAGGUUUCACUGUAAUAGAAAUGUUGAGUGUAUUCUUUUAGUUGUAAGUUUUACACUUUAUUUUAGGCCUUAUAAUUAACUGAGGUUUAUUUUGAUGAUAAUGUAGAAGUUAAGCAGAUGUAUUUUGUAAAGUAAGGCUUAUUUCUUAAAUAAAGAGACUAUCUAAAAAUAUAUCUACCCCCUUUUUCCAAUACACGUAUGUUUUGGUGUUUGGAAAACCUAGUUGUAUGAACUUUCCAGCAGAUGGCACUGAUGGGCCGCAAUACCAUUGGAAGGACUGAAAUACAAAUGAGACUAUUUUCAGGAUUAAAUAUAUAUAAUUUUAGAGGAAAUUUCAUUUUUUAACCUUCAAAGGUAAACAUUGUGUAUGUUUUUUUUUUGUUGUUACAUGUUUAUAAACAUUAGUUCAGGCUUAAAGAUGGAUGAAUACAUAAUUUCUAAAAGCCUUAACAUAAAGGCCAACGUUUUAAAUUGCUGCAGAAUCUUCCCAAAUUCUAGAAACGACUCUGACCAGCGUGUGUUUUCCUGUGUGUACCUGGUUAGUGUUAGAGGAGCGAUGAGGGGAGGUGUGCCAGCCCCCGCAGGAAACGGACAGCACGCCCAAAUGACAAUAAUUCCAGCGGCCUUUCGCCAAAAUGGCAAUGCUGGAGAUGAGCACUAGGGAACUUUUGUUCUCUCAGAGGCCAGGGGAGGGAACAACUGUCCCCUUCUCACUGGAAUACAGGGAAGGGCUGCCUUCAGGAGCCAAGACCUUCUAAGGAGGGACAUGGCCCACCUGUGGCAUCUGCAGGGAUAGAGCCAGGGGGCUAACCCUGACCUCGUUCUCCCUCCCAAAUCCAGCUGGUGCCCACCAUUGGCCAAAUCCAGCGGGCAUCCGGAGGCACUCCAUGGAAGUCAUUCUCACAGGGCUGAGGUGGGUUGGGAAUGGGUGGGUCUGGAGGGGCCAAUGGAGGACACCCAGCACAGGAGGAUGAUCAAAGGUUAACUGUGGAGACACUGGGACAGUGAACGCUCAUCUGACUUCUGUGCAGGGAGAGUGAAUUAUAUAUCACUGGGACUUAACGUUUUGCCCAGCACUUAGCAAGUAAGCCUGAUACAAGAAAACAAACAUCUAACACCAGUGAGAAAGGGAACGCAUUGUUAACUUCCUAUGUUUCUCUUUAUUCACUAAGAUUUGAUGUUAGUGUCCUUGGCCUUAGUUUUGACAGGAGUAAAUUCACUGGGUUUGGUGAAGAAUGUAGAGUGUGCUCUAUGUGAGGGGGCAAUUUGACCCACAGCAAGUAGUUCCCCCAAAGACGUUUCUGGUCUAGGUUUGUCAGUGCUUAUAAUUUUGUUUUAAGUGACAAUCUUGAGUUUUGACAUGCAGUCACUACUUUUUAAACACUGCAGCUAUUUAUUUUUUUAAGGUAUACAGACCAAAGAUGUCUGUAGAACAAGUUGACCGUCACACUGCCAGUUUGCAAACUCGUGCAGAAUAUGGUGUGUCUUCUCAGGCUUUCGAUGGGAAGUAGACACGAGAUAAUCAUCAGUUAUGCUCUGUGCUGAGGGUCUUAGGAGACGCUGCUUAGCGCUGCUGUCUGUAACUGUUAAAUACCUCUCAAGCCUGACCUCAUCUUUCCAUCUCCCCAACCAUCGGCACCCUCUCCAAGCCUUAAGCUCCAGUCAAAAGCACGGCUUAUUGAGGGAAGGAGGAGAAAGGGCAUGUUGUAUGAGCUAGACUGGGUUUUGACAGCUGGGGGCAGGGAGUCUGUAAAGGGUUUUGAGCAGAAAGGUGAUACGCAUGAUUGGAGCAGUGUUUUAAAGAAGGUAAUUUGGCAGUUGUCAGGUGGAUCUUACGACAAAGAGAUGGAGGUAGGGGUACCAGAUGUUAACUCCCCUUUCUCUGGUGCUUCAAGGAGUCAGUUGGCAGGAAAAGAAAGAAAAGGAAGGCUGGGACUUAGAGAGGAGGUGAAAUGUAUAAGUUUUGACAGUGAUUUGGGAACCAAAGGUGAAGGGCAGGUGGAGAAAGCCAAAGAUACCUUGGUUUUUAGCUCAGGCCAAACAAUGGGCCAAAUACAGCAGACAGAUUUUCUCUGGCUCCGAGAGUUUAAAGAAAUUUUGGAUUUGUUACCACAAUAAAAUCAUGAGAGCUCAGGUAAAAAUUGAGUAAGUUAGGCAGCAUUGGGACCAUACUUCCAAAGGACAGUCUUUAGCUGCUGACCUGUUAGACAAAGCAUGCCCUCGCCAGCUCAACCCAAUCUCCACUGAGCCCACAUUUGGCAUUGUGACCUCUGGAAACCUGCCAGUACUGUUAACAGAGGUAGGAAAGCUAGAAGGAGGAUCUGGUUUGCAGUGUGGGGAAAGGGAGGGUGAGAGAAAAGCUUGAGUUUAGCGUUGGACACUCGGAGUUGUUAGUUGGAGGUGGCUUGAAGCUUUGGAAUGCAAGACAGGAGGUGUGUUUGAGAACCAUCCUCACUCAGAGUAGUGCUUCUCAGACUUUAAGAUACACUCAGAAUCACUUGGAGAUUUCAUUAAAAUGGAGAUAUGACAUCAGUGUCACCUGGGAACUUGUUAGAAAUGCAAAGGUUUUCACAGGACUAAAACCUGGAAAAAAAAUUCCUCCAUUGGGUAAUGACCGAGUGUUAUAACGGACCUUGCCUUCCACAGUAGUCAUAGAAACUCGAGUGUCUUAACAAGCCUUCCAGGUGAUUCUGAUUUAGCAAAAAUUGGUAAAGGACUGGCCUGGCUACAGUAACCCAGUCUGUCAGGGAGAGGACCGGCAUACCACAGAGAAUCCUAAAACACUGCAGAGUUGCAGCAAUGGAGAAAGCAACAAGACACGGGAGCCCUGAAGACCUGCAGUUUAGAGGUGGAGGCGGGAGGUGGCCUGGCCGCUGGUGAAAAACAUGAUAAAAGAUGAAGCACCUGGUAAUGUGAGAUUUGGAGGCAGCAAGCAAAAAGUGCUUUUAGAAGAAGGUCAGUAAUGGAGGGAAGGAGGUGAGCUGUUAUUCAAGGCCACUGCAGUGCAGAUGCAAAGGGUUUUUUUUACCAUCAGGAACUAUCUGAGCACAGGUAUAAGUAGGUGGGAAGGAUCCGGGAGAGAAGGUGAUGGGAAAAUCAAGAGGUGGAGAUGGUGGCUGGAGCACUGGAGGGAAGAGGAUUCCUGUGAAGGAAGAGCACGCUGUAGGGCCAGUCAACAGCCUGCCGGGUACUCUGCAAAACCCAGAAUUAGAUGUGCAUUUUAUGAAAACUCUUCCUGGAGGAAUAAAUGAUAGAAAUAAGUCAGAUUGGAGAAAGAAGAUAUGAUUGAGAAGGCAAAUACAGGGGGGCUUCAAUCUAUGUUCUGUGUCUUGAGCUGGGGGCGUGGGUACAUAGCUAUCUAUAGUCUAUAUAUUUAUCACGGAUUCUUUUGUGUGCAGGAAACCAUUCACAAGACCAAGUUUUGAUAAAGGUAUGUUAGUUACUGCACAAAUAUAAACUGGGGAAAAAGGGCCUACUGUGAGGUUCUCACUGACAUUUAACUGCAUUGCUUUCUAUUUUUUUUUUUGGUUGGUUUUUGUCAUUUGACAUAAAAUGGAGCAUUGUGAUUCUCCAUUUCGGUGGAAAACCAGCAAUGGCCAAGAAUAAUACUCUUUAUUAAAGGUUACAUGGUAUAUAUUUAAAAGUUGGCUUAAAGCUUUGAUACUAAAAAUAGUUUGGGGAACAGUAAUUAGGGCAUGUUUUUGUGUUGGUAUUUUGUGGUACCUAGUUCUCUGGUUGAGCCUCCAUGGCUAAGAAUCCAUUGGUUAAAAAUCAUUUUAAUGACUGUGACACCAACAACUAACAUUUGUUGAGUGUUUAUGUGUUAGCGCUAUUCUGAGUGCUUUUUACGUAUUAAUUCAUUCUUUCCUCACAAUAACUCUUUAAAGUAAAUGGUGGUAUCAUCCCUCGUGGUGCAGAGGUAGAGAGAGGUUUAGAGAGACUAAACAACUUGCCCCAAGUCUCACAGCUAGUAAGAGUCCAGGCAGAGCUGUGAUACUAGCAAAUGGGUGGUUAUGGAAUGCAUGAAUUACACUUUCAAAAUUUAACUUUGUUGGGUGACUUUGUGUCCCUCUACUUACCCCAGAGAAUUUUAUAUAGCUUCUCUCUAUAUAAAUGCAUAUGUUUAUACAUAUAAGAAUUAGAUAUAGCAUUAGUAGACUAGGAAAAAAAUAGGACAGAAAUAAUGUGAGAAAAAAGGGGGAAAGUAGAUAAAUUGGUCACAAGAAUCCACACAUUAGAGUAAUGUACUUCCAGUGGCUAAGGCAAAGAAAGAAAAAUGAUGAGUAAUAUACCACAUUAGAAAAAACCCACUAAAAGAAGAGUAAUAUUCCACA